AUGGCCACACCGGCAGCGGCCCCCGGCGAUCGGCGGGAGUCGAGGGGGGCCGGUGUGCGGUCCGAGCUCCGCUGCAGAGUCCCGGUGCAGGUUCGGAGGGUCCGGAGGCAGCCCGGGGAGGAGCGGGGGUGCCGGGACCAGGGUUUGGAGGGCUCGGGCGCGGAGCCCGGGGAAGGGCCCGAGGUGCGGGAGAGGGACCGGYACGGGUCGGGGCCGGCGCAGGGCCCGAGCGCGGUGUUGGGGCUCCGCCCGCCCGGGACCGCCCCCGGGCCCUCCCCGGGCCCGCCCCUGUGGCCCGGUACCGCCCCCGGUGCCGCCCCGGUUCCGCCCCCGGCCGGUGCCGCCAUGCCGCUACCGGUGUUGCUGCUGAGGGCAGCKGGUGCUUGGACCCGGCUCCGACUGCCCUCCGCCCCGGGGCACAGUUUCAGGUAUGGGGGGCGCCUGGGGCUGGCCAGGCUCCCCCGGCUGCCCCCCACGCCCCCGGCCCUCCCGGCCCCCCGUCGCCUGCUCCUGGCCGGCUCGGCCACAGGCUGCGUGGUGCUGGGGCUGCUGGGCACGGCUGCGCGCUGCCAGGAGGCCGCUGUCUCCGCGGUUCCCGCUGGUGUCCCUGAUGCUCCCGAGCCUGCAGAGUCCCCCACGGAGCCCGUCUUUGACUGGCCGCUGUUCUGGACCUUCCUGCGCCCGCAGCUCCUGGCACUCUCUGCUGCCAUCGUGCUGGCUCUGGGCGCGGCCCUGCUCAACGUGCGCAUCCCGGUGCUGCUGGGGCAGCUGGUGAAUGUGGUGGCCCGGUGUGCCCGCGGCCACAUUCCCACGUACCUGCGGGAGGUGCGGCGCCCAGCCCUGCGCCUCCUCACCGUCUACUGCCUGCAGGGCCUGCUGACCUUCGGGUACAUUGCACUGCUGGCCCGCGUUGGCGAGCAGGUGGCUGGCAACAUGCGCAAGGCGCUCUUCAGUGCCCUGCUCAGGCAGGAGGUGGCUUUCUUUGAUGCCACACGUACGGGGCAGCUGGUGACACGGUUGACAGCUGACAUUCAGGAGUUCAAGUCUUCCUUCAAGCUGGCCAUCUCCCAGGGCCUGCGCAGCGGCACCCAGACCGCCGGCUGCUUCGUGUCGCUGUACCUGCUCUCGCCCAAGCUCACAGGGCUCCUGCUCGUGGCACUGCCAGCGCUGGUGGGCGCYGGGGCCUUCAUUGGCGCUUUCCUCCGCAACCUCUCCCGCCAGGCACAGGARCAGGUGGCCAAGGCCACUGUGGUGGCCGACGAGGCGCUGGGCAAUGUGCGGACAGUACGCGCCUUCGCCAUGGAGGAGCAGCAAGCACGGCUGUUCUGUGUCGAGGUGGACCGUGCCGGAUAUCUGARCGAGCGGCUAGGGCUUGGCAUCGCCGCCUUCCAGGGGCUCUCCAACUUGGCACUCAAUGGCAUCGUCCUGGGAACCAUCUUCGUCGGUGGCUCCCUGAUGGCUGGAGAUGAGCUCUCGCCUGGUGACCUCAUGUCCUUCCUGGUGGCCUCGCAGACAGUGCAAAGGUCCUUGGCCAACAUGUCCAUCCUUAUGGGCCAGGUGGUGCGAGGUCUGAGCGCUGGUGCCCGCGUCUUUGAACUGCUGACACUGGAGCCCUCUGUGCCACUGCACGGGGGAGACUCCAUCCCUGCCCACUCCCUCCGCGGACGCAUCUGCUUUCACAAAGUCUCCUUCAGUUAUCCCACCCGGCCUGGCUACCCCGUCCUGCAGGACUUCAGCCUCACCCUGCCCCCCUACCAGACUGUGGCCAUCGUGGGGCCCUCUGGAGGAGGGAAGUCGACGGUGGCGGCGCUGCUGGAGCGGUUCUACGAGCCCACGGCAGGGACCAUCACCCUGGACGGGCGUGACAUCGCCAGCCUGGACCCCUCCUGGUUGCGGGGGCAGGUCAUCGGCUUCAUCAGCCAGGAGCCAGUGUUGUUUGGCACAACCAUCAUGGAGAACAUCCGCUUUGGGAAGCCAGAAGCCUCUGAUGCCGAGGUGUACGAGGUCGCCCGGCUCGCCAACGCUGACGACUUCAUCCGCAGCUUCCCUGAGGGCUACGACACCAUCGUGGGUGAGCGUGGCACGGCGCUGUCGGGGGGGCAGAAGCAGCGCAUCGCCAUCGCCCGCGCGCUGCUCAAGGACCCGACCGUGCUCAUCCUGGACGAGGCCACGAGCGCGCUGGAUGCGCAGGCGGAGCGGGCAGUGCAGGAGGCUCUGGACCGUGCAGCCAGCGGCCGCACCGUGCUGCUCAUCGCCCACCGCCUCAGCACCAUCCGCAGCGCGCACCUCAUCGCCGUGUUGGCCCACGGCCGUGUGGUCGAGGCAGGGACUCACGAGGAGCUGGUGCGACGGGGGGGUCUCUACGCCGAGCUCAUCCGACAGCAGACCAAGGAGGGGUCUUGAGGGGGCUCCCCCACUGUUCCCCAAUAAAGCGGGGGUGGAAGGCGGACUGGGAGCUUCUUUUUUUG